GCAGAGCAGGAGCGGAGCGCAGCGCUGUGAACAAACCCGGAGCCGGACGAGCCGGAGGAUGGCAAACCGCCGCCGCUGCUGCAGCUGCUGAGAGUUGGGACGCGCUAUUAUAACCCGUCGCUACUGACGAACACAGCUGCCACUGACACAUCCGUCCACAUAUCUACCUGAAGCCUGUUCUUUCAAAGCCCGAGCGAGACCAGAGAGAGAGAGAGGAGCUGUGGAACUAAAGGAGCGCAGUUUGGACGCGUCGCUGCGAGGAAACGCUGUGGCACGUUUAGCGCGAAUUCCCGUUUCUUUUCUGUCCCCUUUUGCCUCAGAAUAACGCAGGUCGACACUCAUGGGAAGCCUGGGUGUUUGGGCUGUGGCUGUGGCCACACUGCUGGGAACGUGGGGUUGCUGGCUGGCGGAAGGACACAAAGGCAGCAGGCGAGACGGCGCGGAUAGAGCCGGCGUGUCCCGCUCCUCCUCUCAGGAAACACAUUUCAUGGAGAGGGGGAAAGCGGACGCGAACAUCGAUCAAUCCCUAUCCGACCCCAAUGAGGAUCCCUGUCAGAGGACCUACUGCGGACGGGGUCGGCAGUGCGUGCUGAUGGCAGACACCGGCCGCGCCGAGUGCGUUUGCCAGGAGAAGUGUCGGCCCUCGUUCGUGCCGGUGUGCGGCUCGGACGGCAGGUUCUACGAGAACCACUGCGAGGUCUACCGCACCGCCUGUCUACAGAGGAGACGGAUCUAUGUGGUGCACAGCAAGGACUGCUUCUUCAGAGUGAACGCCUGCACCAUGUCGGAGUACAACCGGCUGAAGAGCAUGCUUCUGGACAUGCAGCCCAAAGUGCUGAGGGCCGGGGAGCAGAAGCAGCAGAGCGACAUGGACGAGAAGAGGGCCGUGGUGGACGCCAUGUUCAAAUACCUGGACGUGAACCACGAUGACCGGCUGGUCAGUGAUGAGCUGGAAAAGAUCUCCAUGAAGGAGCACCUGGAAGACAGCUUGUUGGAGUGCACCAUGCAGGACCUGCUGCGUUACGACGACUACAACAACGACGGGCACCUCAGUCUGCACGAGUUCUACACGGCUUUCCAGGUCGUCCAGCUGAUCCUGGCGGAGGACCAGCGCGUCAGCAUCUCCACGGUAACAGUGGGCCUCAGCGCCGUCCUCACUUGUGCCAUCCAGGGAACGCUGCGUCCCCCAAUCAUCUGGAAGAGGAACGGCAUCAUAUUAAACUUCCUGGACCUGGAGGACAUCAACGACUUUGGGGAUGAUGGCUCCCUGUAUAUUACCAAGGUGACAACCAUCCACAUGGGAAACUACAGUUGCCAUGCCUACGGCUACGAAGACGUCUAUCAGACUCAUGUGCUGCAGGUGAAUGUCCCUCCGGUGAUCCUGGUCUAUCCGGAGACGCAGGCCCAAGAACCCGGCGUGUCUGCCAGUCUCCACUGCCACGCCGACGGUAUCCCCAAUCCCAAACUCCUCUGGCUGAAGAACGGCAUGGACUUACAGCCAAGAUCCACCAAACAGCUUUCUCUCAUAGCCAAUGGCAGCGAGCUCUUGAUCGGAAGUGUCCGGUACGAGGACACCGGCGCUUACACGUGCAUCGCCAAGAACGAAGUAGGAGUGGACGAGGACAUCUCGUCCCUGUUUGUCGAGGACUCGGCCAAGAAGACGCUCGCAAACAUCCUGUGGAGAGAAGAAGGACUGAGCGUGGGGAACAUGUUCUACGUGUUUUCCGACGAGGGCAUCACCGUCCUCCAGCCGAGCGAGUGUGAAAUCCGGAGACACAUGAAGCGCGCGGAGAGGAUCGUCGCCACCUAUGAGGAGAUGUGCCCUAAAGGUGAAGGGGUGUCUCCUCAGCACUGCGUGUGGUCCUCGGCAGUCAACGUCAGGGAUAAGUACAUCUACGUGACGCAGCCCCUCCAGAGCCGACUGCUGGUGGUCGAUAUCCAGGCGCAGAAGGUGGUGCAGGCAGUAGCAACAGAUCCUUUCCCAGUGAAGCUGCUCUACGACAAAUCACAUGACCAGGUGUGGGUCCUGACGUGGGGAAACAUGGACAGAACAGACCCGACACUUCAGGUGAUUCCUCAGGCCAGUAUGGGUGAAGUUCAUCACGCCAUCCGCACAACUUUUCAGAGAGUCAACGACUUCUUCAUUCCCCCGACUAACCUCAUCAUCACUCAUGUGAGGUUUGCCUUUGUCUUCCUCAAAAAUGAACCCGCGGUCCACAAGAUCGACCUGGAGACACUUCACCGCGUCAAGACCAUCAGCCUGAAGAACUACAGCUGCAUACCGGUCAACAUGGCCUACACGCACCUCAGUGGCUUCUACUUCGUCCAGUGUCAGAACAAGAGCCGCCUGCACGCCGCGCCGCAGCUCCUCAUCGACAGCGUGACGGACGCCGUCAUCGGCCCCAACCUGAACAUCACGGGGCAGCCUUUUGUGUCGCCGGACGGCCGCUACAUCGUCACCUCCGACCCGCUGAGCUCAAAGCUGACGGUUCAGACUGUGUCGUUCCAGGGGGAACUGGGUCUGAACCAGGAGGUAGACGAGACUCUGGUUGUCUCUGAUCUGGUCUUCCAGCCCUCCUUUACAGAGUCUAACCAGCAUGUGGCUGUGGCCACGUCAAGCUCAGGCACGGACCUGCUACUUGCCGAUCUGUCCUCGGGCCACAUUGAGGUUCUGCGGAGCCUGAAGGAGCCGCUGUCCGGCCAAGCCUGGCCCUGGGGCAGCCCCAGCAGAGUGGUGGUCUCGAGCGGGGUGUUCGGACAGUAUCUGGUGACGCCGGCGGCCGAGUCCCUCUUUGUCCUGAACGGCAAACAGAGAACACCGCACUGCGAGGUGUCAGACAUCAAGAGAGGGAACACAGUUGUCUGGGUCGGUGAGGUAUGAGUACAAACACAAAAGCAGGAGAUGUAGGUGUUUGGGAAAAAUCAUAGAGGGGGGAAAAAAAUAAGGGGAGAUCAGGCCAAAUUACCGAUUAUAAAGAUUUAUAUGGACUCAACCCUGGGACUGAGCGAGAGGGACACAUGCCUGGGUUUAUUGUAACAAAAGUACACUUAAAAAUAGAGUUAUUGAGAAAAAAAAACAAAAAAAACAUAAGAAACCCUGUUGUGAUAUUUCUAUUGGGAGAAAGUGUCAAUGCCAUUCAGUGCAACAGUGAUCUAUGUGCACUUAAACGAUGAUAAGAAUUGUACAUUAUUGCACUUCCUUCCACGUUAUCACAGCAAAAUAGGCACCUGAGGGGGUUAUUAACAAAAACUAUGAACUAUGCACAAUGCUCACUUUUUUAGAGUAAAAAGCUUUCCAACUUUGUUCAUCUUUUCAGCGUUUGUCGUCCUCACCGGUAACACAUAUAAUCACCACGAUCUGUCCGUCCCGUCUGCCUGUCGUGUAUGUGUAUGUGUGUGUGUGUGUGUUCUGAGUCCUUUUAAGAGCUACCGACGCGUCCGCCGUUUACUCGCCUUCUAUCACCACAUCGUUUCUCCUCACACCAGCCGACGCUGGCUUUAUGCAUACGUGUAAUACUCUCUAUUGACAUUGUCUAUCCAAAGAGCUCACUGUGAAGGUCUGAACCACCCCACCCACCCCCCGCCCCACCCCCAAAAUGAGCACUACAUCUUACAGUCUCUUGCAACGGUAUAAUCUGUCCCACGCUGUCUCGCGCAGUUAUUUCUCGCGCCCGCAGCACAACUCUGUGCCGCCGAGCCUGAAAACACCACUUAGUAGAUUCCCUCAGGGUAAUGACUCCGGUUUAUGCCGACCCACACGAGGCCGAGGCCGUGCCAAAGUGGCAUCAACUCCACUCUCUGACUGGCUGUGAGCAUUUGUGUAUCCUCCCAGAAAAUCGUGCAUGGAGAUCAAACCUGGAGGCAGAUACAUCUGCACUUCCCCACUUGGUAAUUGUUCAGCUCUAAUGGCGUGUAGUCCACAAUUAACUUUGGAAUUAUGAUUCUGUCAUUUGUGUUAGUUUACUGUCCAGGCUUGUAACGCAGGUAUCUUGUGUUUCUCGAGGCAGCGUCUGAAUAAACACCAGCAACUUUUCAUCCAUCAAAAUACCAGAUAUUCUCUCUCUCUUUCUCUCUCUCUGUGGACAAACAUCAUCUCCUGUGUAAUUUGUUUUGGCCGCUUGCACAAACACGUCAUAACUUAAUGAUCCAUUAGCAGAAAAGACGGCGCUUCUCUGCAGAGGUGAUAAAAGGAGGUAAAGAAAAUUGCUGGUUUUUCAUAGCGUCUCGUAAACAUUCCCGACUCUUGACAGUAAGCGAGCUCUGUACAUUAACACCGCUGAUGGCUCUUUUAUUGGCCGCAAAUGGACGCCGAUGUCUUAGGAUAACGACUUUUUUUCUUUUUUCUUUUAAUGCUGUUUUGCAGUGAAUAUUAUUCCCAUGGAGGUUUUUCCAUUUCUCAUCAAUGUGCGAAAAUAUGCAUUUAGAUCAUUCUUAGGAAACAGUGUUAGAAAAUGAAUCAAGUGUUAAGAGGAAUAGUUCUCACAAAACAGAGAAAAGGCAAGAAAAUCACUGUUACCUUACUGCUAAAUGAAGGGAACCAAACCAUCCUGACUACUGCCAUGUUUCCUCCACCUCGGCACGGCAUGCGCUUAGAGGUUCCAAGUGAGCUGAGGCGAUACUAUGCACAAUGUCGCCAGAGUGACGGCCAGUGAUUGGUCAGAGUGCCGUCACAGGAAGAGACGUCCGACACAAGAAUCAAGCCGAACAAUGCCAAACUGUAGAUCAGUUAAAAAGACUUAAUCUCCAACAAUUACCAGCGGAAAUGUCUUAAAUCUCAAUAGUUAACAGAGGAGUCUGUGUUCCGGUCAUGGAGGAAGUACUGAACAAAUAGUUGUAAUGAACUGAUACUUAUGAUUCAGUUACACUGAAGUCACUAGUCACUCAUAUGUGUGUAAAACAAAGUCGCCGUGCCGUGCCGUGCCGUGCCGUGCGGGACCAUAGUAGAAAAGGGCCAUAUGAACAGAGGGAAUUAUUAAUAUUUUCCCUAUAAAUGUUCCCUAUGCAUUGAUAUCAGGGCCAAUCUGGACACUCAACAGUGCAGCAUUUUACCUGCAUAAUAUGUCCGUGAACAUUAAGUGAUUAAGAUCGUUCUGACUGCACGGUUGACAAAAAUAACAAAUCUGCUUCUGCUCUCUCCCUCAUUACCAACACCAUUAGUGUAAAGGUUAAUAUAUCAUUAUUAUUAUUAUUAUUUUUUACCAGUGGCUAAGUAAGUCAUGUAAAUUGAUGUCUGGCAACAAACUUGGCUGUUUGAGUUUGUUUGCUCUCUGUCUGCACUCAGCCGACGAGUGUGUAAGAAAACAACACUGAUUCAAGGGAGGGGGAAAAAGAAUUACAUCCAACAUCCUAAAUUCAACAAAAAUAAGAAGGGAAAUUAUAUUCAGGGGGAAAAAAACACGUUUUAUCACUUCACUUUGCAAGGUUUGCUCAACCUCAUCACACCUCAGACACCUCGGUGUUGUUUUAAAGCUGAAAUAUCCUUUUACUUACAGAAUAUCUACUGCACAAAUACUCACAGCCUUUGGGAUUUUUAUUUUUUUUUGCAGCUGAAUAUCAGAUGAUAUUAAACUCACAUUUAUCUCUGAAGGCCUGGUCCACCCACAGACCUGGGGGUACAAGUCAGAGUGUAAUGUGUACCCCAAAAAAACUGGACCACUGAGAAAAAACCUGCUCAUGAUGAUGCUCAUGAUUUCCCCCCAUUUCCCUCUAACAAACAGCUCCCCGAAUCAAAUAUAAUCAUCGUCUACUAAUAGGUAGCUGUGCCUGUAACUCCCCCCCAAAUGCAAUGUGUAGGGUAGAAACCGAGCUUUGUAAGAAAAAGAAGAAAAAAGUAAAGAAAACACAGGAGUGAAACAGAUUUGUCCUCGUCCUUGUUUGUGAUUUUACUGUAAAGUAUUUGCUGCUAAUCUGCCGUGGAAAAACGUCUGAAGACAGCGACUUAACCAUGUUUGAACCAUGUUUCCUGUAGACCACUGUUGCACUGAGGAGGAAAUUAGAAACAUAAUGUGACGUCCAUUUUUCUCAAUUUGUCAAAUAAGUGAAAAGUUUCAGGCUCUGACGUCCGUCCAUCUGUCCGUCCCCCAAAAUCACUCCUCUGAGAGUUAAACCGACAGUAUUGGACCACUCAGUGAAAUGCAUGUAAGGAGAGUAGACCCUCGUGGGCCUCGGUGAUCCGUCAGACUCUCAUACAGUUUACAGUUGCUUGUCACUUCUCCGCCCUCCCGUCGCCACGACGUCCCGCAGCUUAACGCUUUGGCGGUCGAUUCGGCGGUACACGGCGUCGCUAACUAGAGCCGCGGAGAGCGAAGAGCAAAGAGUCUGCACCUGCGCUUGCUGAUGUAACUACACAUUGUUGGCUAGCUCAUGUUUUGUUGUUUUUGGUUUGGAUUCUACCGUCAGUGUCACAUGACUAUUUCCCGUACCUCUCCCCCCCCAGAAACCCAAAACACGGGGGCUGCAGAGCUGAACUGCUUGGUUGUGAUAGACAUUUAUAGGUGCCACUGUUGUAGAUAACAUUGUUCCAUGUUUAAAAACAGGUUCCGACUGACUGUACAGUUUUCUUUAUGCAUUUUGUGUGUUCUGGUUUAUGAGGGAAUUGUUUUGUAAGAAAAAAAUCGAAUUAAAUAUAUUGUAAAAACCA